AUGGUUGACUUGAAUAGCCAACCAUCACGGAGUGUUGCCGGUGGUACGACGACAUUCAAUGAUGAUCUGGAAGCUUCUUUAACGGGUUCACCUUUAAAUGUUGUUCCACAUAAUCUUUUACCUGAUUUUGAAUUUAACGAAGAUGAAGAUGCAUUGGUUGAGAGCAGAGUUGUUGAAGAUUCGGAACCUAUUUCUACAAAGUUUCCAGGAGGUGGUGGCAGAGGAGGUGGUGUCGGGGGUGGUGGUGUCGGAGGUGGUGGUGUCGGAGGUGGAGGUGGAGGUGGUGGCGGCAGAGGUGGUGCUGGCUGGAACUGGAAGGAGAAGAGGAGAAGAGAAGAGGGUGUUGCAGAUGUUUGA